UAUUAGAACCGGGGUUCAGGGGUUCUGAUACUUUUAUAUUAGAAUUUACUGUAUUAGAACCGGGUUUCAGGGGUUCUGAUACUUUUAUAUUAGAAUUUACUGUUUUAGAACCGGGUUUCAGGGGUUCUGGGUAAAUGGAAGAACCUGCUGGGGUCCAGAUCAGCAUGCUGGCUCAGACUGGAGGAACCGUCUGCGCUCCGGUUCUACAGGGGAAUAAAAUACUCGGCCCUGUUACUCUCAAGUGCAUCAUAAACGGGGGUUCUGGAGUUUCCAGUGUUAACACAGCAGUCGAUGCAGGAGGUUCUCCUGUAGUUCCAGCUCUGACUGAAGUUGAAAUGAGCAGCAUCAGCAUCAGCAGCAGUAAAGACUGCACCUCCAUCAGCCUGUGUGACGGCCUGGUGACGGUUCUGAUUAGACCCAGACCAGCGGGUGGAGGAACCCUGGUGGAGGAGACCUCCAGAAUCAUCAGAGAUGUUCUCUGGGUUUAUAUAGACCAUCAGAACCAGAACCAGUAUAGAACCCAGUACAGAACCCAGAGGACAAUGAACAGUCUGAUCCAAUCACUCAUCGAGAAGCACAGCAUGGCUUUCAGGGGUAUGGUCCAGAAGCUGAAUUUGGAGGAGCAGGACGACAGUAUGAACAUUAUUAGCAGCGUAGCUGAGACUCUGUUUAGCGACGGAACCACGGACUGGGGGCGGAUCGUUGGCCUGGUGGCGUUCGGCGCGGUGGUGUGUGAUCAGCUGAAGAAGAAGAGUCGAGAUCACUGCGUGGAGAACGUCGCCCAUCACAUCUCCGCCUACCUCAACACCCACCAACACCAGUGGCUCAUCAACAACAACGCCUGGGAGGGAUUUGUGGAGUUCUCUGAAGUGAAAGGUCAGAAUCUGCUGGUUAAAUCUCUGAAGGCUGUAUCAAGAGUUGCAGGGCUGGGGUUCAGUAUGUUCCUGCUGCACUGGUAAAGGGGCGGAGCCAGGCGCACUCACCAGUAAUACACUACAUUAAUCUGAGAGAAUUAUCACGUAAUAUGCUAAUCAGCUUCCGACUUCCUGACAUCAUCAGUAAUGUUGAUUUAUUAUUCGGAACCAAAGCAGGAAAUCAAAAUCCAACGUUUUCCAAAUUUCCAAAAGUCACGUGUUCAUGAGAUACGACAACUAAAACCCAACAUCUGCUCAACGUCGCGAUGAUGAAGCAAAUCUGAAACUGAUCUUAAAAUAUAAUGAAUAAAAUCAUUAAAUUAGCAUUUUCCUGAGCUUUAUUUUUAUAUCAAUAUAUUUUCUAAAUACAAAUCGAUUCGUUUGGUUCUUUUAAACCUGUUGUUUCUUUAUGAUUUCGCGAGAAUUAUUUAGUUUAAGUUUAUUAAGAGUUUUCAGAAUAUAAAUAAGUUAUUUUAAUGCAGAAAAAAGUUUUUUAUCAGCUCAGAUAUUCCUUUAUUUUUUUACACAAUUCUAUUCUACACAUCUCUACUCUGUUCCAUACCGUUAUAUACUACAAUAAUUUAUUACAUCCUAUAAUAUUAUAUCUGUACUGUGUUCUAUAGGGAAUGUGACGGGGGCGAGUAACACAAAAGUAAUGCAAUAGUUACUUUUACUGGUAACUAGUUACUUUUGUAGUGGAGUAACUCAGUUUGUUACUUUUUUGGGGAAGUAACUAGUAACUAUAACUAAUUACUUUUUCAGAGUAACGCUCCCAACACUGCUGAUCACACAGCCAAUAUCACUCGUUCAUGAGAUAUUAAGGUCUCACUUUAUAAUAAGUGUCUCUAAGUACUAUGUAGUUACACAGUAACAAUCCGUGUAACUACUGAUGAAGUACACAUUGUUACAGAUUAACUACACAGUUACAGGUUAUGUAAUUACACAUGUGUAACAAUGUGUGUGUACUCAAUCAGCCCUAAUUACAUACUAGACAAUAGCUGUUGGAUAAGUUUAUACUCAACUUAUCACACACACUAUUACACAUGUGUAAGUACACACACAUUGUUACACAUUUGUAAGUACAUGUGCUCUAUUACAUGUGUAAAUACACUCACCCUGGUACACGUGUUUAAUUACACAAGUCAAAAAUGAACCUUAAUACACAUGUGUAAUUACAUUAUCUG